GCUUGAUGCUUGAGCUUUGUUAAGUGGCGCUAAGAUGGCGAGUUGGUAGUAUGCCGAUUUCGAUGUAUUUUGUACUAAAAUGUUAAUUUUUAUUGGUUUGAUUGAUCUUAAAAUCAUGCUUUAUGAAUCACCGCAUUAAGACUUCAUACGUGUAACAGUUAAAAUAUUAAAAAAUCUGUGAAAUAGCGUUUUUUUACUGUGGUGCUCCCAAGCUUAUUAAUUCGUGUCCUACUAGAAAUAGGAUAUUUUGUGAAUGCGUAAAUGAAAAUAAAGUAAACUGUACAGGAAAGUAAUGGAGUUAGAUAAACUGUGCAGAUUAUGCCUUUCUAAAUGGGAUCUACAGUGUAGCAUAUAUUUAGAUAUGCUAAAACCUGACAGUUUGUAUCACUCCAUUUUAAAGAAUGUUGAUAUAAAGAUUGAGAACCAUUGUGGAUGGCCCUACUUAAUAUGUCGAUCGUGUUGGACUAUCAUUAAAGCUAUGAAUUCAUUCCGUAAUAUGGUAACUUCAAGUGAUAUUAGAUUGCGAUCAUACCUGAAGAAAAUUGAACCAGAUUUGUACCCUGCUGAGGAAUUGGAUUUCCAUCCUCCACCAUUAACUUCGACUGUGAUCCUCCCAAAAUUAGACUUUGCAAAGUUAUGUACCUUCAUAUCUAAAUCAACAAAUAGUGCCUGUGACAAUUGCGAGGCAGAUGGGACUAAUUUAUCUGUGGAAGAAAUUGACAGAUCUAGGAUAAAAAAAAAACCUCAAUCUUCUAAUGACCAUGUGACAAGCGCUCAGUCUGCUGGAGACAAAAGUAUAAAAGCCAGCAUAAGGAGUGACAUUCAAAUUCCAAGAGCAAAGGUCGAAAUCCUUGAGUCACAAAAUAAAAAGUUAUUAAUAAUUUUUGAUAAACGUGAAGACAUUUUUACGAUAUUGCCUUCACUGGUAAAUUCAAAUCCCCUCCUGUUUCAACCUAAUUUAUUGACCAGAACUCGUAGAGAAUUCAAUGAACUGAUAUGCAGAGGCAUCAAUCCAUUUGACACUACAGAAACAACAUGUUUGAAAACAAGCAUCGAUAUUCAACAUUCAUGUGAAGAAUCUUUUGAAUUACAUCAAAUAACACCAUCUCUAGUAAUUGCUUCAAAUGAACUAUCUGGCACGGAUCUGGCGACUUCAAAACGAGUUGAUAAUAUUUUAAACUCAGAUUCCCAUUUUCAUAAAGAUUUGUCCAAUAUGGAACAAAAUAUAACAGCUGCAUUAAAAUAUCAACAAAUUUCUACCCAAUCCAAAUUGAAUAGCAAAUCUGAACUGAGUUCUGCUGAGAAUAGGGCUGUUGCACAAGAGUCAUUUGAUUGCACUGAAGUUAGAAUCAAAGAGGAAUUAGAUUUGAAUGAUGUAACUGAUGGUAACAAUUAUGAAGAAGGUAAGAAAUAUUUUGAGAUGGCAGACAUUGAUGAUGUAUCGGAAAAGAAAGGCGUUGAAGUUGAAGAACAAGUAUCUCCUUUGCCAUGUGUAAUAGACGGAAACGAAAAAUCAUCUGUUGAAUACGGCAAUACAUAUAAGUCGAGAGUACAGUCUAAGCAAAUGAGCACACAACAGACUCCUAAGUAUAAAUCCAUGAAAACACGUAAAAGUGAAAGCAGCGAAGUAAAAGAUACAAAUGAGAAUGACGAGCCUCAAAGUACGUCCAGCGGAACUUUUAAAAAAGUUCGGCUUUGGAAUAAAAGUCUGGAAAUGAGCAUUGAAAAGGAAAGUAAUAUCUUGCAAAAUUAUCUCAAAGUACGUGCCGCUUAUAGGAGGUUUUACCUCUGCAUUCAUUGCAAUAAACUCUAUUAUGAGGUAAAAACUCUUCACGAACAUGUACGAUCUCUGUAUCGCGUUGGAGCGUUUUGUCCUAUUGGAGAAUGUACCUACGUUAUGCUGGAAGAAGUCGAGUACUUGAGGCACAUUCGUGCGCACUAUAACACAGCAUUAAUAUCCAAUUGCUCGAAAACUUCUAUAAUCAGAAGACCCACCGGCUCGUGUCAGGAACUCAACAGCAAGAAAUACCUGACUGAAUUUAUAAAGAAAAAUGUAAUUGGCGAAAUGAGUUCCGUUGCAACAAAAUUCAAAGAAGUAGUAGAAUCCAAAGAAAAAACAACUGUUUUAAAAGAGAGGAAGGUACAUCAGUCACCCCCAAGGAAAAAAUUGAGAACUUAUGAUUUGGAAGAAAAUUCUGAUGAGAGUAAUGCUCACACGAUAAAUAAGGGAAGUAUAAUCAAACCAAGUGAACAAGCAGCGCACAAUUCCAAAUACGUUUCGGUACCACCGGACAAGAGUUCCAAAUCUGUAAGAAAUAUUCCUGCAAAUACGGGAUAUGAUACGAGAACGAACAGUAAUAAAUCUAUCACUGGAAUAACAAAGGACGAUUCAUCGAUGCAUCAAGUAGUCAAGUAUAACAACGUUGACUCGAGAAAUGUACGAGAUCCAUCGUGUGACAAUCUUGCGGAGAAUGUUGAUGCUAAGAACAACUGAAAACAGUCGAUGGAAAAUCAAAAUGCGAGAAAACGGUCUCGAUCGAAGCUUGAAGAAGCGAAAAAAAAAAUGCUGAGUGUAUGCCAAUAGAGGAAAAAGCUAAUUUUAAAGAAAAAGAUAUAUGUAAAAUUCAGAGUAUAUUGGCCGAAAUUAACGUAGACCACAGGAAAUCUCUUAUUCGUAUAAAUAACAAAAUCGAUGGGACAACAAAAUUGGAUGUGUGUGUAACGAAGUAAGGGAAAGAAUAUGCAAAUACAAAUCCUGAAAAAAGUACUUUGAAUAAAAAUAUAUGAACAUAAUGACAAAUUGUUGGAUCGCUAUUUAUCUUUUUUUUUAAUAAGAAUACAUUAAUUUGUUCGUUAACAAUGAGAAAGUACAAUUAGCCCAAUGACCGUUUAGUGGUAAAUAUCAUUACACCUGACUCAUUUUUAACUGUGUAAUAGUUUUCUUACGAUAUUGAGUAGUAAACGGAUUAUUCCAAAUGUU